GACUGCAAAAUUAGGACUCCAGCGUGACUACAUCGGACUCGGAUAUCCUGCGAUUUCAUGACAAACAUCACGAGUUCAAUAUCAACUGUAGCUGGCGAGAAAAGCACGAGCAGAAGGGUCAAUCCUUCAUAUACCUGUCGGGGUGUUCAAGAUCGAGUAUUCAUCCUUUACUCCGAGUUGAAUGGACUGCACUGUAGAGUUUUCGCAUGAUCGUGAGAGAGCAAGAUUACCACAUCAAUGCACGCUAAAAGUACUCCUCGCUACUCGGAUGAUACAGUAUUGAAUCAGCUCGCGAAAUACUUACCAGCGACCGACUGUCUUCAUCAGUCCUGCACAGAAGUUGGCUUUAGCAAUCAUGGAGGCACUUCAGCUUGUACAUGGUCUAGACGUCUGCAGGGAACGGUCAUGAUGUGCGUGCGAUAGGACGCUCUAAGUUCUGGCACUCCGAUAAGGUGUGUUCUGAUGACAGCUCGUUCAAAGCAAUAAUCUAUCCGUUCACAGUUAACAUUCAGAUAUCAUAUAGCCAUUUACGUUGACAACGAGAAUGAAGCAACGAGGAAGAAACUUCUUAUGUACAUGAUUCUGAUUUCAUUGGAUGCAAAGACGUCCCCGUUGACCGUGAUUGACAUCGGAGCGCUGCAGGAUUACAAGCUGUGAACCAUCAUUUCUGGUAAUGCAAUUAUCGGGAAUGCGUGUCUCUUGAGCUUAUCUAUCUCACACGGUAUCUCACCAUGGGUCCAUAUUUUCUUCUCUAAGAGGUUUGAUUUUCUGCCUUGUUGUCCAUUGUCGUAUCUGGAAUGGUUCGCUUUGCCUGUGGGUUAUUAUGUCUACCCUUUCUUCUAGCUAUCUUGGAAGGUGCGGAGUCCAAGAAUGCUACUGUGCUCAUUCUUGGAGGCGGCGUAGCAGGCGUUAUCGCUGCCCGUACCCUCCAUGAGCAAGGGAUAAACAACUUCAAGAUCGUCGAGGCUCGAGAUGAACUCGGUGGUCGUUUGAUGACAUUCAAGUUCGGGGUUAUCGGCAACCAGCACGCACUUGAACUUGGUCCGAAUUGGGUCCAAGGCACUGAGACAACAGACGGUCCAAAGAACCCUAUCUGGAGUUUGGUUCAGAAGCAUGGGGUCAAGACACAGGAAAGCGACUGGACUGGGAGCGUCACAACUUAUGACGCAACAGGAGCAGUAGACUACCUUGACCAAUUCGAUGCCUCGAGCGACGACUUUACUAAUCUUACUAUCGUUGCUGGUGCCCGUGUGGAUAAAAAGUUGGUGGACCUUUCGUCUCGAACCGGGUAUUCUUUGAUUGGCUCCAAACCUAAAACGCCUCAAGCUAUGGCUUGCGAAUACUAUCAGUUGGAUUGGGAAUCAGCCGGUACGCCAGAAGAGUCUUCCAUGAUCACGACCUCAUGGGCGGCCAACUUUACGUAUGAUCCUGAUUUUGGUGGCUUCGGUGACUCAAACGCAAUGUCGAUAGACCAACGCGGGUUUAAAAGGUUCAUUCAAGCUGAAGCUGCGACGUUCUUGAAAGCCAACCAAAUCUUGCUGAAUUCCACUGUCAAGAAUAUCACAUACUCGACCUCCGGUGUCGAAGUGAGCUUGGCCACGGGGGAGAAACUGUCCGCGGACUACGCUUUGACCACCUUCAGUGUAGGCGUAUUGCAAAACGAUGAUGUGCUGUUCCAUCCGCCACUGCCUGACUGGAAACGGGAAGCUAUACAUCGAAUGACCAUGGCAACGUAUACAAAGAUUUUCCUUCAGUUUCCUCGAAAGUUCUGGUUUGAUACCGAGAUGGGUCUCUAUGCUGACCCAGAACGAGGGCGUUAUCCAGUUUGGCAAAGCUUGGAUCACAAGAACUUCUUCUCUGGCUCUGGUAUAUUCUUCGUAACGGUCACAGGGGACUAUUCAGUUCGAGUCGAAGCACUGCCUGACUCCCAAAUCCAAGACGAAGUAAUGGGCGUUUUACGAACAAUGUUCCCGAAUGUCACCGUACCGGACCCCAUUGCCUUCCACUUUCCCCGCUGGCACAACAACCCUUUAUUCCGCGGUUCAUACUCUAACUGGCCUCCGUCGUUCUUCAGUGGACAUCAUCAAAACCUUCGAGCUGCAGUUGAAGACAGGCUGUGGUUUGCGGGAGAGGCGACCAGUCAGAAAUACUUUGGUUUCUUACACGGAGCAUUCUUCGAAGGUCAAGACACAGGGUUGGCAAUAGCAAAGUGUGUUCACGGUGCGGGCUGUGUGCAUCCGAGCUAUGUUGAGGAUGUGGUGAACGCGCGCCCUUAUGACAUUUAAAUAUACCUAACGUCACAUAUGGUGUUGAUAUGACGUGUGUUGUAUCUGGAAAGAACGUGCAAGAUAACAUGGAUCGACAAUGAGUCAAUAGAUAUACAUAACAGUACAAGCGCACAAAAACAGCAGCAGUUCGUAGCCCACUAUCGAGGCAUGGUACGGAACUUGUGAUCCUUCUGCAUGUCAACCAAAUAAAUGGGUGGACGUUUGAUAUCCAUGAAAUCCCAAUUUGUGUCAACACUGAGAGAGAACUGUGUCCUCGGUGACGCCGACCUGGAAUCACGUAGACCAUGUCCAUGUCCAC